CAAUCGGCAAUACGUCAUCCAACCAACAUUGUUUUCACAACUGUUCACUACGGUAUAUAAUUGACGAAUCGCGAAAACGAUGAUCAAUGCAGGUCGCUCCAUCGACGAUGAAGAUAUUCGUCGCCUGUUUCAUCAUCUGGGCGUUUAUAAACUACCGGGGAACGGUACUCGCAAGCAGCUUCGAUGCUCAGAAAAAUGAUGGUCAAAUAGAAAAUUUGAAUUUUAUAUUACCGCCUUCCUUGGAAGGUUUCUCAAUUGAUAAUUACCAGAAGUAUGGAAACGCAGAGGAUCAACAAAUCGAUUUAGAGACAUUAAACAAAAAGAUAUCUGCUGAUAAUUUCUUCGCUUCGUCCACACAAGCGGUAUCAAAACAUACGGCGUCAUCGACGGCGCUUUUAUCAGCCUUGAACGAGAAACUUGACAUCGAGGAAGAGAAAACGCCAUUGAAAUCUGGAGAAGGAGCUUUGAACGAAGUUCAACUUCUAGAUAAGCCAUUCUCUUUGGAAAAGGAAAUCGGCGCAGAAUCAAGUAAGAUCAAACGAGACACAACGAUCACAAAUUCCAAAUGGGAUAAGAUCGAGGAAGAAUCGACGAAUGAAAAGAAUAAAGGGAUCGUUACGAAAACAUACGUGAAAAAGGGCCCAGUGAUCAAAACAUGGAGUUGGAGCAGCGGAGAAAACGAAUCGAAGAAUAUUCCCUCCAGCGAGGAAAUUCAAUUUCUUAAAGAAGAAAAAAUAAAGGCAGAAACUAAAAUUAAAACGGAAAUUGAAGCGCGAACGAAAAUUGAAGCAGAAGCGGCAGAACUUCGACAGCAGUUGAAGCUUCAGUUAAAGGCCCUUAAAGAAGCACAGCAGAAGGCUGAGAAGGAAGCGGAAGCUCGAGCAAAGGCGGAAGUUUUGGCGGCGUCGGAAUCCAAAGCUUUGGCUGCAGCUCGAACAGUAGCGAAGGCCAAUUCCGAGGAGGCUGCGCAGGCGGAAGCGAAGGCAAGGGUGGAGAAGGAAGCUCGUUCACGGUUACAGUCGAAAAUUAUAAGGAUACUCGACGCUCGUACCAAGUUUGAAGAGGAAAUUGCGAUUACCGAAGAGGUAAAGGAAAAAGCGAAGCUUUCGGCGGAAGCUUCGUUAGCAGCUAGUGUGGCCGCGAAGGAAGCUGCGAAGGCAAUUAGAGUUGCUGCCAUGGCUCGAGCGAACGCCGCCAUGAAGGCUUUAGCCGCUCAAAAAGCUACUCUUAUUCAAUCAAUUGUUUCCAGCAAUGCUAAAGCCUUGGUUAACGCUCUAAGCGUUGCGAUCGAACAAGCUAUAAUUUCCUCGAAAGCUGCAGCAGAAUUGCAAGCCGAAGCUCUCGCUAUAACCAAUCGAGCGGUGAAAGCGGCUGCUGCUGAAGGGGCUACUAUCGAUUAUGCGAAAUAUAGAGCGGCGAUGCUUGAGAAUGCGAUUAAGAGGGCGAAAGCAUCUAUAGAAGCGGCUGGUAAAGCGACUGCGGCUGCCAUUACUUCCGCUAAUAAUUUAGCCCGUUUACAGAUAAAUAAUCAGAACUUGGCUGAUAAUGUGGCCAGCCUGCAGGAAAGUACGAUUUCAAAAGCGGAGGCAGCGUUGGUGGAAACGAAUGCGGCGGCUAGAGAGGAAAUUGCCGCAAUGGCGAUAACGGACGUUGAAGGUUCGACCAUCGAGGCGGCAGUUGCGGCUCGUGUGAAUCCAAUUCAAGCUAUGAGAAAUGGAGUUGUUAUCGGAUUGGGAUCGUCUGCGACUGAACUUAACGCGCAACAAGCGGAAGCAUUGAUGAAAGUGGUUAAGAAUCAAGACAAGCGAGAAGAGAAAAUAUAGGCGAAGUUUAUAAAAAAUAUUUUAAAAAUCGUAUAGAAUGAGAAAAGGCGAUGUUUUGAUUUUUUUUUUAAGUAAGAAAUAUGAGGAAUUACAAAUAUAAUGUCACAUAGCAUUGAGGA